AUGGCUUCCUAUAAAUCUAUUUUAGACGGACUCCUUGAAUCAGUCUCAAAUAUUGUGGUUGCUAGGAUUCGCACCCUAAAAUAAACUUACAAUGAUUCAUCUUUGAAUCGAUUACCUGCUAGUAGCGAUACAAAGUUAUCAUUGCUCGGAGCAAAGCAAUUUCAAACCCUUGCCAAUCAAGUUGAACAAUUUAUGUAGAAGUUACUGAAUGAAUUCAAUCAAGAGUUGGAAGAACAAUACAAGCAUUCCAUCAAUAAGCAAUAUCAGAGACCGUUAACUGGCACAAAUGGCUAAGAAUGCCAACGAGAACAAAUAAAAGAGGAAUAAGAAAAGGGUCUAGUCAUCAUGUUCCAUAAUAAGCAAUAGGAUGAUGGUGAAACUACUCUCAAAUUUAACCAUCUCAAAGAUUUCUUAUACUAUGAUAGCAAAAAGGCCAAAUAAGUGCAAAACCUAUCGAUUGAAUUCAAAUCACAAGGCAUGACUGACAAUAACAUGGAACACUUUAUGAAAAAAUUCAUCCAAUUUUAUAACAUUGAACAUUUGAAGCUAAACUUAGGAUGCAACUCAUUAACUGUCAUUGGAGCUAGGCAAUUAGCUGGUUGUUUCACCAAUCUGAAUCGCUUAUCUUUCAUGGAUGUUUCAAUUUACAAUAAUAAAAUUACAUGGGAAGGAAUCGAUGCUUUAAUGCAUGCUUUCAAACAUCUAUACAAUUUAAAAGAUUUAAAUUUGGAUGUAUCUUGCAACCCAAUUGGAAACAAAGGAUUUGUUAUUGUUUCCAAAGCCUUGCCUGAGAUGAGGAGAUUACGCAAACUCUGGUUGUCUGCUUAUGACAUUGGAGUUAAUGACGAAUCCUUUAAAAUAUUUAUCAAUGAAUUCACUAAAUUGCCUCCAUUGCUAAUAGCUAAAUUUGAUUUUAAAGUCAACCCCUUCAAUAAGAAACUAAUUCAAGAAUUGCAAAAGAUUAUCCACGAGAAAAAGAUUAAUAAUUACGAGAUAUUAGUAUGA